AUGUCUCCUGGAAGACAGAUUCAUUUGGAGUUGGUGAAUUCCGGUUUUACCUGGUUGGGGAAAGCCGAGAAGGCAUCGCACACCCCCCCGGCGGGGAAGACCCCGGUCGUGGGGGCUGGGGUAGGGGCACCGGUGGUCGGGAGAGGAGUCGUUGGGGCGGGAGUGGUCGGGGCGGGGGUAGUCGGGGCGGGGUGGUCGGGGCCGGGUGGUCGGUUCCGGUGGUGGUCGGGCGGAGUAGUUGGCGAAGGAGUAAGUCGGGGCGGGGUGGUAGGGCGGGGUAGUCGGUUACCGGAGUGGUCGGGGCAGGGGUGGUCGGGAAGGAGUGGUCGGGCGGGGUGGUCGGGCGGGUGGUGGUUGGGUUC